AUGGGUCCAAUGGGAGGGACGCGCCUCGCGGACCUGACGUUCGUCAUCACGCUGCCGCUGUGGGCUGUGUACACCGCGCUGGGUUACCACUGGCCGUUCGGCGUGGCUCUCUGCAAGAUCAGCAGCUAUGUGGUGCUAGUAAACAUGUACGCAAGCGUUUUCUGCCUGACCUGUCUGAGUUUUGACCGCUACCUUGCCAUCGUCCACUCUCUGUCCAGCGGGCGGCUCCGGUCCCGGGCCACCAUGCUGGCGUCGCUGGGUGCCAUCUGGUUCCUCUCGUGCCUGCUGGCCGUGCCAACUCUCCUGUUCCGCACUACAGUGAAUGACGCCGGGAACAACCGCACCACCUGUGCGAUGGACUUCAGUCUGGUCACUCUCAAUCAGCAUCACGAAUCCCUUUGGAUUGCAGGUCUAAGCCUUUCGUCCUCCGCUCUUGGUUUUCUUCUGCCUUUCUUGGCCAUGACCGUCUGCUACUGCUUCAUCGGCUGCACGGUCACCCGGCAUUUCAGCCACCUGCGCAAGGAAGACCAGAAGAAGCGUCGUCUCCUGAAGAUCAUCACUACCUUGGUGGUGGUUUUUGCAUUCUGCUGGACGCCUUUUCAUGUGCUGAAGAGCAUGGAUGCGCUGUCAUACCUAGACCUGGCACCCACCUCGUGCGGCUUCCUAAACUUUCUGCUUCUGGCUCAUCCGUAUGCCACAUGCCUGGCGUACGUCAACAGCUGCCUCAACCCGUUCCUCUAUGCCUUCUUUGACCUGCGCUUCCGCUCGCAGUGCCUGUGUCUGCUGAAUCUGAAGAAGGCCAUGCAUGGGCACAUGAGCUCCAUGUCUUCAACCCUCAGUGCCCAGACUCAAAAGUCGGAGGUGCAGUCGCUGGCCACCAAAGUGUGAGGGAACGAAAUGAGAAGAACAGAAAUCAUGAAGUUGAAGAAAAAAAACAUUGGGUUGAGGGGUUAAAAAGGUGGAAAUCUAUAAUUGACGGCUGGUCCGUUCUGAUGUGGUGAACUUAUGGACUUUGGAGAAAAUAUUUCUCUAUGUUGGUAAAUAACACUCAUAGUUUGGUGUACUCUACUGUAUUCAUGGAUGGAUUGCUGGAAUGAUGUGACUUUGUGUGUCUGCAUGUGUGAAUUCAUGUUCGUUGACAUCUAUUCGUCGACUUUGACUCGCUCAAAACACGCACACGCAGAACUAUUCAAGCAAACAGGAGGCCAGUUUUCUCGAAAAACAUUCAAAGUGAGCACAGUGAUGCUGCACUGAGGAUGAACUUGCUUGUGCUGCUGUAAGAGUGUGUGAUUGUGUUGAAGCCUAUAUACACUGGUGUAGAGAUGCAAAUUGUACAGUAUUUUCAUACUAUUUCUUUCUGCUAAGUUGCAAUGUUCAGACAUGUUCACAUUCAGUAUUUGUAGCACUUGUUAAAAGGAGAUAUAAAAAUUA